AUGAACAGAACUUGCAUUAGAAAUCACAUGAGUGAGAAACAUCACGGUGAAUAAUUGUUUUAACUUCAGUUUCUUCUUUUAGUCUAUACAUUCCUUCACAUACUGUGCAGUUAGGAAUAUUGCAGUAUUUUGUAUUUUGAUUAGGAACAAACUUUUUAUUUGAGACUAAGUUGGGACAAUUUAAAUCACCAGCUAUAUGAUUAUGAAAACCAGAUUUUGGGACUUACUAAAAUCCACUUUAUACAACAUAAGUUGUGGUAGAUGUUUGAGAUUGGCGAGUCGAUGCUUGCUAAAUCAUUUUUUUUUUUCCUAUUUCAGUUUUUAAAAUGCUUCUAAAUUAACUAAACAAAAAUUUAUUAAAUUUUAUAUAUUUUGCUUUAGAAAGAUUUAUAUAUUAAGCACAUAUAAAUGAUUAUUGUUUAAUUGAUCUGA